AUGGCCCCUCCCAUUCAAAUUAAGCAACAAGAAAUCCGCCCCCAAUCAUGCCAGCUCAAAGUUAUCAUCGUCGGAGCAGGGCUCGCAGGCUUAGGUUCCUCUAUAAGCUGUGCACUCGCCGGACACCUCGUUCACGUCCUCGAAGCAGCGCACGAAAUCAAAGAAGUCGGCGCUGGAAUCCAAAUCCUGCCGAAUAGCUCCCGCGUACUCCAACACUGGGGCUUAGAAAAGUCACUGACUCCCCACAUGACUAUUCCGCGUGUUUGCAAUUUCUUAGGAUGGAAGGGAAAUUUUAUUUCGUCUAUGAACUUCCGCGAAUCAGAGAAGAAUUAUCCUGGAACUUGGUAUCGCGAUUUUCACCGCGCUGAUCUUCAGCAAUGUUUGCUUGACAGGGCAGUUGAGCUGGGCGUUGGACUUACCUGCAAUGCCCGCAUUACGGAUGUGUCUGUUAGUGGAGAUGGUACUACAGCUACGGCAACAUCGUUUGAUGGAAGACGAUGGACUGGUGAUUUGAUCAUCGGUGCCGAUGGGGUGUUUGGAAAACUAACGGAGGAAUUGUUGGGGCGGGUUGAUUCGCCUGUGAAAACGGGCGAUCUUGCAUUUCGUGUUAUGCUGUCCACUGAGGAGAUGCAAAAAGAUCCCGAAUUGGUCGAGUUUGUUACUGAUCCUCAAGUCAACUACUGGCUAGGUCCAGAUGCCCAUGCUGUAAAUUACGUGCUCCGCAAUGGUAAAUUGUUCAACAUGGUACUCAUUGUUCCCGAUGAUAUCCCCGAGGAGUCUCUAGCACCAACCAUUGAGGGCAAUGUUGAAGAAAUGUGCGCGUGGUUUAAAGACUGGGAUCCUCGAAUCCCCAAACUUCUUAAACUAUGUCAAUCUGUACAGAAAUGGCGCCUGUGUAUUCGAUUCGGAGAUUUCGAUUGGACUCAUCCAUCCGGGGCCUUUGUCAUGCUCGGAGAUGCCGUUCAUGCCGCAUUGCCAUAUCUCGCAUCUGGGGCCGGAAUGUCAUUUGAAGAUGGUGCUGUUCUAGGUGAAUGUCUUUCUCGACUACCGAAUCGUCCCGAUAUAUCCAAGACCUCGACCGAGUUCCUCAAUGCCAAGCAACAUGCGCUUUUCGUGUUCCAGAAGUGUCGCAAGCAGCGAACGAAGAUGGUUGUCGAACGCGGAAAUAUUCAACAGUAUCUAUAUCACUACCAUGACGGACCGGAACAACAAGAGAGAGAUCGCAAGAUGCAAAUGGUGCCAACGCCUGAAGGCGAGGCAUUGGCUUGGCGAGAUCCUGGGCUCGCAGCACAAUUACUGGGGUACGAUCAUAUUGCGGAUGUUGAUCGUCGUUGGAGUGAAGCAUCCGGGAGGGCCGCGGCGGAGUCUAGACUGUAG